AUGAGUUCUAACUCGUCUACUGCAUCAACUUCUUCCAUCGAAGACUUUACUGGUCAACGCAAUCAUCAUGACCACAUUGGUAACGAAAAGAUUGAUGACAACAACUCAUUAAGACGCACUGAUUCAGUACUUGGUUCAGAAGAUGAUUACGAUGACAACAACGAAGAGAGUAGAAGAUUACAUUUGGUUAGAACUAUAACUGCAUUGUCCAAUAAAGCUUCAACUGACCAAUUGGAUUCGCUCUCACGUCACAUUUCACGGCAAAUUAGUCGCAAGGAUGGUGAAUUCACCAUGAAGAUGGAAGAAUUUAGUCUUCUUCGAAUCUUGUCAAAUUUUGUCUACUUUGCCAAAAAGCAAGGCUUGGCAAUGAGAUCUAGUGGUAUUUCCUUUCAAGAUCUUUGUGUUUAUGGAAAUGAUGAAUCUUUUGCCAUUGUCCCCACUGUACUUGAUUUACUUAAAGGUCCCAUUGGUGGUGUACAACAAGCAAUAUCGAAAAUGAGAACACCAAAAAAGACAAUUUUAAACAACUUGAACGGGCUUGCCAAACCGGGGGAAAUGGUUUUGGUUUUAGGAAGACCAGGUGCUGGUUGUACAACUUUCUUAAAAUCAUUGACUGGUACCGAUUUUGAUUUGUAUAGAGGAGUUGAAGGUGAUGUCAGAUACGAUGGAUUGACUCAACACGAAAUGUUAAACAACUACAAGAAUGAUUUGGUUUACAACCCUGAAUUGGAUGUUCAUUUCCCUCAUUUGACUGUUGAUCAAACAUUGUCAUUUGCAAUUGGUUGUAAAACUCCCAAAAUGAGAUUAAAUGGAGUCACACGAGAACAGUUUGUUAAUGCUAAAAAGGAGCUUUUGGCAACCGUUUUUGGUUUAAGACACACAUACCAUACGAAAGUGGGUAAUGAUUUCGUUCGUGGUGUUUCUGGUGGAGAAAGGAAAAGAGUCUCUAUAGCUGAGGCUUUGGCAUGUAACGGAUCCAUUUACUGUUGGGAUAAUGCCACCAGAGGGUUGGAUGCUUCGACUGCAUUGGAGUUUGCUCGUGCCAUACGUACUUCAACUGAUAUUUUGAGAUCCACUGCAUUUGUCUCCAUUUAUCAAGCUGGUGAAAAUAUUUACGAGUGUUUUGAUAAAGUUACUGUGCUUUAUCACGGAAGACAAAUAUAUUUUGGACCUGCCAAAACGGCAAAAAAGUAUUUUGAAGAUAUGGGCUGGCAAUGUCCACCAAGACAAACCACGGCUGAGUUUUUAACAGCUCUUACUGAUCCUAUUGGAAGAUUUACCAAAAAGGGGUGGGAAAAUAAAGUACCGCAAACUGCAGAAGAAUUUGAAGCUCGCUGGUUAGCAUCCAAGGAGUACAAGCUUUUGCUUCAGGAAAUUAACGAUUACAAUGAUUCCAUUGACGCCGAUGAAACAAGACAAAUGUAUUACAAGUCAAUUUCACAAGAAAAGAUGAAAGGAGCCAGGAAAAAAUCACCCUACACAAUAUCCUAUUUGCAACAAUUGAAAUUGUGCUCGAUUAGAAGCUCACAACAAAUCUGGGGUGAUAAAGCUUAUACAGUUACCCUUAUUGGUGCUGGUGUAUGUCAAGCUUUUAUUAAUGGUUCAUUGUAUUACAACACGCCGGAGUCAGUUAUUGGUGCUUUUUCACGUGGUGGUGUGGUGUUUUUCGCGGUAUUAUACAUGGCAUUGAUGGGAUUGGCAGAAAUCUCUGCUUCUUUUAGCAGUCGUAUGAUUUUGAUGAAACAGAAAAACUAUUCAAUGUAUCAUCCUUCAGCUGACGCCCUUGCCAAUUUUGUUACUUCGGUUCCCAUUAGUAUUAUUGUUAAUGUUUUGUUUGUCAUUAUCCUAUACUUUUUAUCCAAUUUGGCAAGAGAAGCAGGCAAGUUUUUCAUUGCGUUUUUGUUUAUUGUUUUACUUCAUUUGACCAUGGGUGCCUUGUUCAAAGCUGUGGCUGCUAUAAACAAGACUGUUGCUGCUGCCAAUGCAUUGGGUGGUGUAUUGAUGAUGGCUUCAUUGAUGUAUUCAUCAUAUUUGAUUCAACGUCCAUCAAUGCAUCCUUGGUUCAAGUGGAUCUCAUACAUCAAUCCAGUAUUGUAUGCGUUUGAGGCAGUUGUUGCCACGGAGUUUCACGGAAGGCAUAUGAAAUGUUUGGGACUGUAUCUUACCCCUAGUGGACCCGGUUACGAGAAUUUGGGCAAUGGUGAACAAGCGUGUGCUUUUCUUGGGUCAAAACCAGGUCAAGAUUGGAUUUUAGGAGACGACUAUUUGAAAACUGCAUACACGUAUAGCUUCAACCAUGUUUGGAGAAAUUUUGGAAUUAUGAUUGGAUUUUUGGCCUUUUUCUUAGCCAUUAAUGCCUUGGGAACUGAAUUCAUUAAACCAAUCACUGGUGGAGGUGAUAAACUUUUGUACUUGAGAGGUAAGAUCCCCCACAAGAUUGCGUUACCAGCAGAAAAACAAGCUGGAGAUAUCGAAGAAGGUCCAGCAAUGAAUGAUUUGGAUGAUCGUGAAGUUAAAGUGGGCACUAAUGACCAAGACUUGAGAGUCAAGGAUAUUUUCCUUUGGAAGAAUGUUAACUACGUCAUUCCAUAUGACGGCAAAGAGAGGAAACUUUUGGAUUCUGUGAGCGGUUAUUGCAUACCAGGAACUUUGACAGCAUUGAUGGGUGAGUCUGGUGCUGGUAAAACUACAUUGUUGAACACCUUGGCACAAAGAAUUGAUUUUGGAACCAUUACUGGGGAUAUGUUGGUUAAUGGUAAGCCACUUGACACUUCAUUCAGUAGAAGAACCGGAUAUGUGCAACAACAAGAUAUUCACGUUUCGGAAGUAACAGUUAGAGAGUCGUUGCAAUUUGCUGCUCGAUUAAGAAGAUCCAAUGAUGUCAGUGAUGUGGAGAAGUUGGAUUAUGUUGAAAAGAUUAUUGAUGUUUUGGAUAUGGGUCUUUAUGCUGAUGCCAUUGUUGGAAGAUCAGGCAAUGGUCUUAAUGUCGAACAACGGAAAAAACUUUCCAUUGGUGUUGAGUUGGUUGCAAAGCCAUCAUUGUUACUUUUCCUUGAUGAACCCACCUCAGGUUUAGAUUCACAAUCGGCAUGGGCAAUUGUUAAAUUGUUGAGAGACUUGGCCAAUGCUGGUCAAUCAAUCUUAUGUACUAUCCAUCAACCUUCAGCUACUUUGUUUGAAGAGUUUGAUCGGUUGUUACUUUUGAGAAAAGGUGGUCAAACUGUUUAUUUCGGCGAGAUUGGUGACAAGUCAAAGACAAUUCUCGAUUAUUUUGAAAGAAAUGGGGCAAGACAUUGUGACGAAACUGAAAACCCUGCAGAAUACAUUUUGGAAGCUAUUGGAGCUGGGGCCACUGCUGCAAUUGAUGAAGAUUGGUUUCAAAUUUGGCAGCAGUCACCAGAAAAGGUUGAUGAGGAUCAAAAAUUGGAUAAUUUGAUUCGAGAGUUGGAAAGUAAACCCUCUGAAUUGAGUCAUAAAGAGGAGAAGCAGUUGCAUCACAAGUAUGCUACUCCAUAUUGGUACCAGUUUAGAUAUGUUUUGCACAGAAAUGCCUUGACGUUUUUCCGUGACCCUGGCUAUGUGAUGGCCAAGAUCUUUUUAAUGACAGUUGCUGGUUUGUUUAUUGGUUUUACGUUUUUCGGAUUGAAGCAUACUAAAACUGGAGCUCAAAAUGGUAUGUUUUGUUCGUUCUUGACUGUGGUUAUCUCAGCUCCUGUUAUUAAUCAAAUUCAGGAGAAGGCCAUCAACGGGAGAGAUUUGUUUGAAGUUCGUGAAAAAUUAUCCAACACCUAUCAUUGGUCAUUGAUGAUUUUGUGUCAAGCAUUGAAUGAGAUGCCAUACUUGUUGGUGGGAGGAGCAAUCAUGUUUGUUUCCGUUUACUUCCCUACACAAGCAGCAACAACGGCAUCACAGUCAGGGAUGUUUUACUUCACCCAGGGAAUAUUUGUUCAAGCAUUUGCGGUUUCAUUUGGGUUAAUGGUGCUUUAUAUUGCUCCAGAUUUACAAAGUGCUGCUGUUCUUGUUUCAUUUUUGUAUUCUUUUAUUGUGGCAUUUUCAGGCAUUGUGCAACCAGUGAAUUUAAUGCCUGGGUUUUGGACUUUUAUGUACAAGUUGUCACCAUACACUUAUUUUAUUCAAAACUUGGUGUCGUCAUUUUUGCAUCGCCGAGAAAUUCAUUGCAGUGAUAAGGAAAUGGCGUUUUUCAACCCACCUUCAGGUCAAACAUGUGGAGAGUUUGCCAAAGCAUAUGUGCAACGAGUUGGCGGAUAUAUUGAUAAUCCAUCAGAUACUUCUAAUUGUGGAUACUGUUCCUUUUCCAAUGCAGAUCAGUACUUGUUAACCAUUGGGGCUAAGUUUUCAUUAAGAUGGAGAAAUGUUGGAUUUUUUUUCGCAUACAUUUUAUUCAAUCUUGGAAUUUGCAUGUGUCUUUAUUACUUUAUGAGGUAUAGCAAAUUGACCAACAAGUUGACGGGGCUCUUUGCUCGUUUCAAGAAGAGCAAAAAGUAG